UGUAUCUUGAACUAAUCACUAUGGCUUCUUCUGCUGAUAACCUGCAGCUUUCAUCGUCGCUCGGCAAGCUGGGGACCGAGACGGCAUAUGCUGUUGCUCUGGAGGCCAAGGCGCUGAUCGCGGAAGGCAAGAAGGUGUACCCGAUGCACAUCGGCGACCUCAACUUUUCGACGCCGGCGUGCAUCAAGGAUGCGGCGCGCAAAGCGCUAGACGACGGCAAGACCGGGUACUGCCCGGCCGCAGGCAUCCCGCCGCUUCGCGAGGCGCUCGCCAAGCACAUCUCGUCGACGCGCGGGGUGUCGUACGGUCCCAACAACGUGUCGGUCCAGCCGGGCGGCAAGCCCGUGAUCGGCAAGUUCCUGGCGGCAGUGCUGGAGGAAGGCGACGAGGUGCUCUAUCCUUCGCCGGGCUACCCGAUCUACGAGUCGCAGAUCUCGUACUUGGGCGGCAAGUGUGUGCCGUACGGCUUUGUCGACGGGCCUGACGGGUUCUCGCUCGACCUUGACGCGCUCGAGGCCAAGUUCUCGGACAAGACCAAGGUGCUCAUCUUCAACAACUACGCCAAUCCGGUCGGCUACGCCGCCUCUGAGGAGGAGCUCGAGCGCCUGGCCCGCAUGGCCGUCGCCCACAACGUCUGGGUCCUUUCGGACGAGGCCUACUGGAAUGUGGUCUACGACAUCGAGGCCAAGUCAAUCGCGUCGCAGCCAGGCAUGGCCGAACGAACCGUCAUCCUCUUCACCUGCUCCAAGUCGUGGGCCAUGACUGGCUGGCGCUGCGGUGCAGCCAUCGGGCCCGAGUCUGUCAUCAAGGCCAUCACCAAGUUCAACACCAAUGCCGAGGCCUGCACCACCCAUUUUGUGCAGUAUGCCGCCGCUGAGGCGCUGUCUAACCCGGCCGCGAUGGAAGACUGCCGCGCCAUCGUCGCCACCCUCAAGGAGCGCCGCGACGCCCUCGUUCCGGCCAUCAACGCUAUCCCGGGCUGGAAGUGCCACAUGCCGACCUCGACCUUUUACCUCUUCAUCAACGUCACCGAGGCCAUGGCCAAGAUGGGCAUGGGCGUCGCCGACCUUGAGGCUUUCCGCCAGCGUAUCCUCGCCGACACUGGCGUCUCGUUCACCACCCGCGAGCACUUUGGCCGCACCAUCGACGGCGAGUCCGAUUGCUACAUCCGCUUUGCCUACUCGGGCAUCGAUGCCGACGUUGCCGUCGAGGCCUGCGGUGUUCUCAAGGACUACUUUGAGGCACUCUAAGUCUGGCUUGAGUUCAAGCCCUCCCCGGUCGCCUGAGUUUUACUCCUUUGCCGCCUCAACUCAUAGCGUAUGUCGACCCUCUUACAUGGGAGUAUAAAUCGCGAGCCGCAGCCAA